GAGUCACCAUUCACUUCACCCCACCACCCUCGCACAUCCCUCUCGCCAGUCCGAUCCUGUCCCUCACCUCGCAUCUCUCACCCUCCGCGCUCUCCACAACUAUCGCCCUUAGCGUAUCGUCCGCCCUCCUUGUCACUGCCUUCCCCUCGGCGCGCUGUGCUCGCAACGCGUUCCGCGCAACACCCUUCAAGAUGCUAGCGAGAGCAGCUUCGCGGAUUGGGCGGAGCGCGAGGGGCAUCGCCGCAGGCGGAGCAGCCGCGCGCUGUGGAGGGAGUUUCGUCGGGCGCGCGCCACCAGAGGUCCCCGUCACAGGCGCAGCAGGCGCGCGGCAGCACGGGUUGGGGGUGAGUGCGGUGGCAGCGAGCGGCGGCAGUGCCGCGUGUUUCUCGUCAGCAGCGGUGGGCGGAGGAUCGGCGUUGCUGGACGAGACGGCCGUGCAGUUCAAGGAGAGCGUGCACAAGUUCGCCCAGGAGGUGAUAGCGCCGCAUGCUGCUGACAUUGACAGAGACAACUCCUUCCCCAAGCACGUGGAUCUGUGGCGGCUCAUGGGCGACUUCCAUGUGCACGGCAUCACUGUGCCGGAGCAGCAGGGCGGCAUGGGGCUGGGGUACCUGUACCACUGCCUGGCCAUGGAGGAGAUCAGCCGCGCAUCAGGCGCCGUGGGGCUGUCGUACGGCGCGCACUCCAACCUCUGCAUCAACCAGCUCGUGCGGCAUGGCACAGAGGAGCAGAAGGCCAAGUACUUGCCCAAGCUGGUGGCAGGCGAGCAUGUGGGCGCGCUGGCCAUGAGCGAGCCCAACUCGGGGUCGGACGUGGUGAGCAUGCGGUGCCGCGCGCAGCGGGGGCAGGGCGGGUUUGUGCUGAACGGCACCAAGAUGUGGUGCACCAACGGACCCGUCGCCAACACUCUUAUUGUGUACGCCAAGACGGACAUGAAGGCUGGGCCUAAGGGAAUCACUGCUUUUAUCAUCGAACAAGGCAUGCAGGGGUUCCGCACAGCACAGAAGUUGGACAAGCUGGGCAUGAGAGGCAGCGACACGUGCGAGCUGGUGUUUGAGGACUGCUUCGUGCCGCAUGAGAACGUGCUUGGGCAGGAGGGGCAAGGAGUGUACGUGAUGAUGUCGGGGCUGGACCUGGAGCGAGUGGUGCUGGCGGGGGGGCCCGUGGGGCUGAUGGCGGCGGCCAUGGACGUGGUGCUGCCGUACGUGCACCACAGGGAGCAGUUCGGGCAACCCAUUGGGGAGUUCCAACUCAUCCAGGGCAAGCUAGCAGACAUGUACUGUGCCGCGCAGGCCUCACGAUCGCUGGUGUACAGUGUUGCCAUGGCAUGUGACCGGGGUCAUGUGGAUCGUAAGGACUGUGCAGCAGCCAUACUCUUUGCAGCAGAGAACGCCACUCAGGUCGCCUUGCAGGCCAUCCAGUGUCUGGGCGGCAACGGGUACGUGAACGAGUACCCCACGGGGCGCCUGCUGCGCGACGCCAAGCUGUAUGAGAUCGGUGCCGGGACCAGUGAGAUCCGCCGCAUGCUCAUUGGCCGCCAGCUCUUCCGCGAGACCGCGUGAUGGCAGGGGCGCAAAGCAGCGAGGCAUGGCGAACAACCUUCAACGCAUGGUGCAGUUGGUUGUACAUUGCACGGCCGGAUGCUGCCGUGCCUCAUUUGAUUCCUUCUCCCUGAUUUCCUUGUUCUCUAUAUUGUAUAUAUCUUGAGACUCACGGUAUCACAGUUGCCAUUUGGUAGCUUUGGCUAGUGGAGUGGUGCUGGAUGGCACCCAAAGAUGUUGUCUCUGUAACUUAGUGUAUGUCAUUAUUGCCC